AUGCUUCUUUCCAUCUAUCUAUCUAUCUAUCUAUCUAUCUAUCUAUCUAUCUAUCUAUCUAUCUAUCUAUCUAUCUUAUCAUAUAUAUUCAUAUCAAUCGAUCGAUUCACUUAUGUAUCCAACAUAUCUAUCUAUCUAUCUAUCUAUCUAUCUAUCUAUCUAUCUAUCUAUAUAUAUAUAUAUCCUAAUGUAGUUUAUCAUAAUAUGCAACCCUUUCUUUUUCUUUCUUUCUACUCGCACCCUUUCUAUCUCUCUCUCUCUUUCUUUCUUGGCACACCGUUUAUCCCUUCUUCCUUCCUUCCUUCCUUUCUUUCCGCACAUUUUGUUCUUUUUUCUUUCUUUUUAGAUAUGGCCUUUCUUUCUUUCUUUCUUUCUUUCUUUCUUUCUAAUACUGCCAAAAUGACACCCUUUCUUUCUUUUUUCUUUUUUUUUCUUUCUUUCUUUUCUUUCUUCCUAAUACUGCCAAAAGUGGAUAGCAAUUUCGAAGAGACCUUUUCUUUUUCUUUCUUUCUUUCUUCCUUUCUUUCAAUUUUGAGCCUUUCUUCUCUGUCGAUUUUUUCCUUUCUUGUCCUUUCUUUCGUUCUUUCUUUCUUUCUUUCUUUCUUUCUUUCUUUUUUUUUUCUUUAA